CUCCUCCUCCUCCUCCUGAGUCGCGCGACGGCACGAACCAGCUGCGACUGGCCGCCGCCGCCGGCUUUAGAUUUGGUGGAGCUCUUCACGUAGGACCCCAGUAGUCCAGUGCCAUCCCUACCUGUGCUCCGAGGCUCCAUCCAGUCCGGCAGGAGCGAGGCAAAGGGAGCGGAGAUGGGGCGGCGGAUCCUGAACGACGCGCUGCGCACGAUGGUGAACGCGGAGCGGAGGGGGAAGGCGACGGCGCUCCUGCAGCCCAUCUCCGGCGUCAUGGUCUCCUUCCUCAACAUCAUGAAGCACCGAGGGUACAUCAAAAAAUUUGAGGUCAUUGAUCCCCAUAGAGUUGGAAAAAUCAAUGUAGAGCUUCAUGGAAGAAUUAAAGAUUGUAAGGCUAUUACUUAUAGGCAGGAUAUUAGAGCCAAGGAAAUAGAACAAUACAGAAUUCGGAUGCUUCCAACACGGCAGUGGGGCUAUGUCGUGAUCACAACCCCAAAUGGUGUCCUCGACCAUGAGGAAGCAAUUAAGCAGAACGUGGGCGGGCAAGUCCUUGGCUAUUUCCAUUGAGAAGGAACAAUGGGUUUACUGUCUUCUUAUGUUUGGCCUUGUUAGCCCUUUUGUUAUCACUGCUCAUUUUGUUUUUACUUUGAGUUCUGUUCCCUUUGUUCAUGGGCAGCAGGAAAUGCAAUAACGCAUAAAAGACGGUUAAAAGCUCUAGGAGAUGCCAAUUGUUAAAGGAAAAUAUUGUAAUCCUUCGCUGGGACUUGUAGUCUUGAUAUGACAAUUGCAUCUAGAUAUUUGGAGAUGCAUCGGUAACUAUUUUGUUGAUCGGAGCAGCUAUUUAUUGUCUUGCAGAGCAUGGCAGUUUGUGUCUGA